AUGCGCGUUACAACUUUAUCCACUAUCUUGGUGACACUGAUUUUAUAUCAUGAAGUUUUCGCAGAAACCCAAUCGCCGUAUAAGCAUUUAGUCGAAGCGAAUUUAGAUUUCUGUUUACAAGUUUACAAAGAACUAGUUAAAAAGAAUGGUUAUCAAAACAAUGUUGUAUUUUCUCCAUUCAGUAUUUAUUCUGUAUUAUUAAUGACAGAGUUGGGAUCUGGAAGUUAUACUACACAAGAAAUCUGUCAAAUUCUUCACAUCUGCCAUGUAAAUAUCACUCAAAUACACCAAGCUUUUGGUCAAAUAAUUAAUGAAUUGCUAUCGGAUCGGUCCGUGCGGGAAUCUUUAGCUGUUGCCAAUAAACUGUAUAUUCAAAAAGGACUGGAAAUAUCAAAAUUUUACCAGAUGGCCUUGAAAUAUUAUUACAACACUACCGUUAAAGAAGUGGAUUUCCAGAACGACGCCCACGGUGCCAGAGAAAUAAUCAAUAAUUGGGUUCACGAACAAACUUCUGGGCAGAUUUUACAUUUUUUACCCAAACUAUUACCUCAGACCACUCAAAUAAUGACAGUUAAUGCAUUAUAUUUCAAUUCCGAGUGGCUUUGGAAAUUUGAUCCCGCUAUGACGGAACCCAAAGCGCGUUUCUACGUUACUCCCCAUUUUCAUGCAAGUGUGCCCAUGAUGGUUGCAAAAUUACAUCUGGCUCACGGACAUAGUCCAGGAAUGGAAGCUAGCAUCUUGGAAUUACCAUUUAAAUCGAAUCGAAUCAGUUUAUUUUUGGUUCUGCCCGAUCAAUUAGAGGGUCUGCUUAAUCUUCAGAAAAAAUUAAAUUCUACUACUAUGAAACAGCUUAUAUCUACCAUGAAAAAGAAAGACGUUAACGUAAGAGUACCCAAAUUUACUGUCGAGUCUCAACCUUCUAUCGCUAAUGUAUUAAGAAAUUUAGGAGUAAAUAGUUUAUUUUCGCCCUCUUCGGCCGAUUUAAGAGGUAUAACACCGCACCAUCAAUUGCAUAUGACUGAUAUGAUGCAUCGGGUUGUUAUACAAUUAGAAGAAAGAGGAAGCAUAGCAACUGCAGCUACGGCUAUGAUAGUAGAAAGAAUAGGAUCGUUCAACGGACAAUUUUUUGAAGCCGAUCAUCCAUUCCUAUUCUUUAUCAUGGAUAAACAAUCUGGUUUAGUAUUAUUUAUGGGCAGAAUAGCCGGACCUUGAUAUAAGUUUUAAUUAGGACGUGUUUUAAAAAUGAAAAAAAUAA